GAGCUAUGACUUACAUCUAAAAUGAGUCUCUCUGGGGAGAGAGAGGAGGAGACCACUGCCUCUAAAACGAUUCUCUCUGGGGAGAGAGAGGAGGGGACCACUGCCUCUAAAAUGAGUCUCUCUGGGGAGAGAGAGUAGGGGACCACUGCCUCUAAAAUUAGUCUCUCUGGGGAGAGAGAGGAGCCCACUGCCUCUAAAAUGACUCAAGACACCAGUUCUAAGAGUGUCCAGAAGCCCAGAGCAGAGUUACCUACAACCAGCCUGCUAUCAAUGAAGAGUGAUCAGCCACCUGCUUUCAGCCAGGAACCAUUACCAGAUGACAAUAAGGAAGUGGAGAGUUUGGGCAGUGAGGAUGCAUUAAAGAUCACACACAACCUUCUGGACAGAAGAAGUCAAACUCUGCUGACAGUCCAACAAGACAUUAAGGCUAAACUGAAACACAAGUAUCAACACAUAUCUGAAGGAAUUGGACACCAUGGAAACAAAAGUCUGUUCAAGGACAUCUACACAGAGCUCUACAUCACAGAGGGUGGAAGUGGAGGGCUCAAUAAUGAACAUGAGGUUAGACAGAUAGAGAUGGCAUCCAAGAAACAAACCACACAAGAGACAUCAAUCAAAUGCAAUGACAGCUUCAAGCCUUUACCUGGACAAGACAAACCUAUCAGAACUGUGCUGACAAAAGGAAUCGCUGGCAUUGGAAAAACAGUCUCUGUGCAGAAGGUCAUCCUUGACUGGGCAGAGGGAAAAGCAAAUCAGGACGUUCAUUUCAUGUUUCCUCUUCCUUUCCGUGAACUGAACCUGAAAAAGGACCAAUACAGUCCGAUGCAACUUCUUUCCCACUACUUCCCAGAGCUGAAAGAGAUUGACAGCAUUGAAGAUGGUGAAACCAAAACUGUUUUCAUUUUUGAUGGUCUAGAUGAGUCUCGACUUCCUCUAGACUUCAAAAACAAUGAGAAGUGCUGUGAUGUCACGAAGCCAACCUCAGUGGACGUGCUGCUGACAAACCUCAUCGAGGGGAAUCUGCUUCCCUCUGCUCUCCUCUGGAUAACCUCACAGCCUGCAGCAGCCAAUCAGAUCCCUCCUGAGUGUGUUGACCAGGUGACAGAGGUACGAGGGUUCAAUGAUCCACAGAAGGAGGAGUACUUCAGGAAGAAAAUCACAGAUCAGAAUAUGGCCAAUGAAAUCAUCAAACACAUGAAGACAUCAAGGAGCCUCCACAUCAUGUGCCACAUGCCAGUCUUCUGUUGGAUAUCAGCCACUGUCCUUGAGAUGAUCCUGAAAGAGGCAGAGAAGGAUGAAGUCCCCAAAACUCUGACCCAGAUGUACUCACACUUCAUACUCAUCCAAAUCAUUGUGAAGAACAGGAAGUACAACAAAGCCACAGAGACAAACUCAAAGGAACUGUCUCAGUCAGACAAAGAGAUGAUCCUGAAACUGGCAAAGCUGGCUUUCCAACAACUGCAGAAGGGCAACCUGAUCUUCUAUGAGGAGGACCUGAGAGAGUGUGGCCUUGAUGUCACAGAGGCAUCAGAGUACUCAGCAUUGUGUACAGAGAUCUUUAAAGAAGAAUCUGGGCUGUACCAAGAGAAGGUCUACAGCUUUGUGCAUCUGAGCAUUCAGGAGUUUCUAGCAGCAGUGCAUGCUUUAGAAUCAUGUCUGGACAAGAAGGAAAAUGUUUUCUCCCCCACUAGUGAUGAUGAAGAGAAGGAGUCAAUCCAGUUGUCUGACUUACACAGGAGCGCAGUGGACCAGGCCUUGAAGAGUGAGAAUGGACACCUGGACCUGUUCCUCCGCUUCCUUCUGGGUCUCUCACUGGCGUCCAAUCAGAAUCUGUUAAGAGGCCUUCUGACACAGACAGGAAGUACAACACAGAGCAAUGAGGAAAUAGUUGAGAGAACAGUCAGGUACCUUUCAGACAAGAUCAAAAGGGAAUCCUCACCAGAAAGGAUCAUCAACUUGUUCCACUGUCUGAAUGAACUUGGUGCCAACUCUCUAGUUGAAGACAUGCAGACCUCCAUGCGAUCAGGAACUCUUUCAGAAACAGAGCUAAAACCUAACCAAUGUUCAGCCCUGGCCUACCUGUUACUGAUGUCAGAGGAGGUGCUGGAGGAGUUUGACCUGAAGACAUACAACACAUCAGAGAAAGGUUAUCAGAGGUUGCAGCCGGUUGUGAAAACCUGCAAGAGAGCACUACUGGAUGGCUGUAAACUCACAUAUAAAUCCUGUGAGACUCUGGCCUCAGCUCUGCAGACACCAAACUCCCCCCUGGGAGAACUGGACCUCAGCUACAAUGACCUGGAAGACAGAGGAGUGGAGCUGCUCUGUGAUGGACUAACCAGUCCACUCUGCAACAUACAGACACUAGUACUGGAUGGCUGUAAACUCACAUAUAAAUCCUGUGAGACUGUGGCCUCAGCUCUGCAGACACCAAACUCCCCCCUGAGAGAACUGGACCUCAGCUACAAUAACCUGGAAGACAGAGGAGUGGAGCUACUCUGUGUUGGACUAACCAGUCCACUCUGCAACAUACAGACACUAGUUCUGGGUCAGUGUGGUCUGACAGAGGGUUGCUGUUCAGAUCUGGUCUCAGUCCUGAGUUCACCCAACUCACAACUGAAACACCUGGAGCUGAGAGACAAUGAGCUGCAGGACUCAGGAGUUACACUGCUGUCUUCUGGACUGGAGGAUCCAGACUGUAAACUACACACACUGGGGCUGUCUGGCUGUCUGGUCACAGAGGAGGGCUGUGCUGCUCUGUCUUCAGCUCUGAGGUCAAACCCCUCCCACCUGAAAGAGCUGGACCUGAGCUACAAUCACCCAGGAGACUCUGCAGGGGGACUGCUUUCAGCUGCUCUGGUGGAUCCCACAUAUAAACUGAUGAAGCUGAAUGUGGAUCAUGGUGGAGAGUGCAGGCUGAAAUCAGGGCCGAGGAAAUAUGCCUGUCAUCUCACCCUGGACCCAAAUACAGCACACCCAAACCUGAUACUGUCUGAGGGGAACAGGAAGGUGACAUUGGUGGAAGAGAAUCAGCAUUAUGAAGACCAUCCAGACAGAUUUGACUGUAGUCCCGAAGUUCAAUACCCUUCAAUACCCUUUAAAUGUCGUUACCAAGUUCUCUGCAGAGAAGGCUUAUCUGGGUGUCAUUAUUACUGGGAGGUGGAGAGGGAUGGUGACGAGGCUGUCAUUGGUGUGGCGUCCAAAGGAAUGAAGAGGAAGGAAUGGUCCUGCUGGUUACUCUGCUCUAAAGAUGGUUAUGUCUUUAACCAUGCUGGAUGCAGCACAUGCAUCUCUGAUCCUGGUUCUAACAGAGUUGGAGUGUAUCUGGACUGGCCAGCUGGUAUUUUGUCCUUCUAUAGUGUGUCCUCCUCUGGUACACUGACAGAACACUGAUUCGAACACGCCAGAUUCACUGAACCCCUCUAUCCUGUGUUUGGGGUUUACUCCUCCUCCUCAGUGACCCUGUGUCAGAUAGAUGACCAACACAUUCAGAGCAGAGACCAUGGUGGAGAGAGUUGGAUCAAGCCUGGACCUGAGGACACCAGAGACCAUGGUGGAGAGAGUUGGAUCAAGCCUGGACCUGAGAAAUGGAUUCCUCAGAGCUGUAAGACUUGUGACCAUGUUGAGGACUCCACCCACUGGCUUCAGAUUGAACCCUUGACUUCCACUGUCCAGGGAGUGACAAUGUUCAGGCACAGGACACCCAAAGGGAGUUAUGAGUGCACAGUGUCUGGGAUCCGCUGGCUGUGUGAGAGAGAUGUCAUUCUGAAGUAUCACUUCAGGAACUGGGAACCGUACAGUCACCUUCUGAAAGUCAUGCAGUACACACAAGGUGGUCCAUUGCUGGACAUCACUAUGGAGUUAGGUGAACUGGAGGAAGUUCAUCUGCCACACUGUGUCUGUUUAGGGACCAACCCUUUCCUGAGGAAUGAGAUGAAGAUUCUUCAUGUAGAGGAACAUGGAGUGUCUUUAGAGGAAGUGCAUGAGGUCACCAGAUUCCAUGCUAAGAUUCUACAUCCAAAGUUCUCAGCUAUCUCUGUUAUACUGAGCUAUAUCCUUUCUUGGAACGUAGAUGUUCACUGUGAGCUGAUGCUCUAUCUGACAGUGAUGAAGGAAACACUAAUUCCACGCCUAUACCUGUUCCCCAGUAACCCCGGCCAAAUACAGGCUGUGGAACAACAGGAAUCCAAGUUUCAAGGGUCUAAAAGGUUUCCCAACACAAGACCAGAGCAGUCCUUCAAACUGAAUAGUUCCUUCAGACUGAACAUUCCCUGUUCUACCUCCAUCAAUCCACCGAGGAUUCAUCUUAUACAUAGAGACACCACACCAAGCUUUUUCAAGGCAGUUGUGAAAAUGACAGGGAAUGACAUUGAGAUGGAGUUAUUCAGUGAUGAUGAGAGGACAGUUUGGACAGAAAUAGUAUCACGAGAUGAAUACAUCACUGAAACCCAUUCAACUAGUGCUGUGUUGGGGGCAGGAGGUCCGGCUGAAAGCAGUCUGACUGGUUCUACAGAGCAGCAGCUGCGUUCUGUACGGACAGAGUUUUUGAAACGAGUAUCAGGACCUGUCCUGGAUGGUCUGCUGGACAGACUCUUGCAACACACAGUCAUCAACCAGGAGGAAAUGGAGUCAGUGAAGGUGAUAGCUGAGAGGGCAGAGAAGGCACGAGUCAUCAUCGACAUGGUGUUGAGAAAAGGAAAUGAGUCAAGUUCCAGGAUGGUCAUCCUUCUAGUGGAGCUGGACCCCUAUCUUUGCACAGAGCUUCAGAUCAACAGUGUUGGGGUACCAACCUAAUGGUAGAAUGGAUAGUAACAGUGUUGGGGUACUAACCUAAUGGUAGAAUGGAUAGUAGCAGUGUUGGGGUACCAUCCUAAUGGUAGAAUGGAUAGUAACAGUGUUGGGGUACUGAUGGGGUCAAAUUGGGGUCAUGAUAGGGGCUGCACCAGAUGUUUGAUGUAUUAUAAUAAUUGAUUAUGGUUAUGUUGUAUUAAUAGAAGGGGAGGGGUUAUAAGACCCCUCCCCCACUACAUGUAUAGGGUCCUGGACUACAGAUGAACAAUACAUAUGCAUUAUAAGGUUUAAAAUUGUUUCACAGUUCUUUUCUAGUCUCUGCCUCUUAUAAAGAAAAGGUAUCUGAGAUGUGUGAGUUGUUGCAGUCAAAACAGGGUGUCAGUGAACAAAGGCCUUCAAAGAUAAACACAGAACCGGGACUCCAGCAGGGGAGUAGAAGAGAUUAGAGACUCGUCAGACAUUCCACUAUUAAUCAACUUGGGGACAUUUACUGCUGAGCCCUUAGAAAACCCUGGAACUGUUGUAUCUCUCUUGCAGGUUUGUAUAGCUGUGUAUGCAUGGGCUUGGUCUGAUGAGUAGAAGGUAAUGAUGUAUGUAGUGACAUCACUCGGGCUGGACUUCGGGCUUCAUAAAAUAACUUAGGACUUUUCCUAUGGGGCAGAACUCAGGAGAGACAUGUCAUGACGUUGCCCUGUUGGUGAGGUUUAUGAACCCUGUAAAUACUUUCCCCCAUUUCCUCUCUCUACUCUACAGAUGUGACUCUUGGAAAGCCCUUUGUUAACAUAGAGAGAGUCUGUUAACAUCAAAAGGGUCGGGAACGGAACCAUAUUUUGGUAAUCCAACCAGUUGAAAAUAUCCAUUGGUACUUAAAGAAUAUGAUGUCAGAUCAGUUGUUGUCUGAGACAUUAUUACUAAUGAUAGGAUGACAUAAACUGUAACUUGGAAAGUCUACACAUUCUAGUUAUCAGAUUCACAUGGAAUUGUUGUGCAAUUUAAAUGUUUAAAUGUGAAACUAUUUGUGAAAAGAUUAAAUGUAAUUUUAGCUUCUAAAUGAGAGAAUUGUUUUCAUAAAGUAAAACUCCGCUCACUCAGUGGCCCCGCCCAAGUAAACAGACAUUGGUUGUGAACUAUGAAACACGCCCUUCUCUCCCACCACUAUAAAAGCCCGUUGAUGUAAAAUUCAACUUGUGUUCCCGAGGACGUGAGGACGGCUGUCCAGACGUUAAAAGGGGUAAUAUCAACUAUAGAACUAAGCCAACCUUAGCGUGAGCUCAAAUUAUGGCAACUUGGUAUGAACUUUGAACUCUUAUUCACUUAAGAAGUGAUACCUCCUAGCCGUUGAGUUAGCAGCAGCAGCAGCUGUAAACGUGGGCUAGGAAAGGACGGACAAAGUAUUUGUUCUACCACACCACGACGGUACUACAACGUAUUCAUUUUACCACCAGACAUUCUUCAGAGGACAAGAGAUCCCUGCUGGGCAACCUGGCCUCCCAUCUACGACCAACCUAUCGAAGCGCAGCUCAGAGUAAAUAUUUCUUGCAUUUUCCUUUUCCAAAUGGGCGGUUAUAUAGAAUGCAUAAGAUCUGUAUUUACGAUAGCAUAACUGCAUUGAGAUCCAAACCUUUUGUCCUUUGGUCUUCCCGCGCCUUCAUUUCACCCAACCCCCUUUCUUUGUGUAACCAGCCGUCAGAUCUGUUCCGUCCACUAGGGACGUUUUCUUUUGUGACAUAAUUAGUAAUCAAUGUAUGACCCAUCCUGUGUAUAUGAAAUUCUGUGUGAUUGUUUAGGUAUUUUGUUAGCCAGGGUUUGUGAAGAUAACCAAGAGUUGACGAUGUUCAGAUGAGACUGAAUAAGGCAACGAUUAAUAAUUGACCGCUAUUGAUGUAAAAGAUGACCAGGUCUUUAAGUGUUAAUUUGGAAGAUAACAGCUCUAUAAACAUUAUUUCGUGGUG